AUCUGUGCCCCUGUGCCGCCGUCCCUUCUUACUUCGCCAUCGACUUCUCCUCCACCACGAGCUCCCGUCUCUACACCUACCCGAUCCGCUUCGACGCCCCUAUCGUUGGGACCCCCCCCGCUCGCCCACUAAAAUGUGUUUUGGCGGCCGAGACAAGGGCGAUCACGGUGAAGCUCGCUCCCGCGAGCUCGACCGACAGAUUCGCCAGGAUGAGAAGCGACUGUCUAAGGAGGUCAAGCUUCUCCUGCUGGGAGCUGGAGAGUCCGGAAAAUCGACCGUGCUGAAGCAGAUGAAGCUCAUCUACUCCCAAGGUUUUAGUAAGAACGAGAAGCUCGAAUGGAAACCUGUCGUAUUCAACAACAUUGUACAGUCCUUCAAGGUCAUCUUUGAGGCCAUGGAGGAGCUGCAUAUCCCAUUCGAGAACCCAGAUAACGAGAAACACAUGGCACACAUCCUUGUAGACCAUGAGAUCAGCCCCCAGGAGCGAAUGCCUGAAGAUUAUCUGGAGCCCGUCAAGUCGUUGUGGGCUGAUAGUGGUGUCCGAACUGCCAUUUCCAAGGGCAAUGAGUAUGCCCUACACGAUAACCUCUCUUACUUCAUCGACGAUAUCGACAGACUUUGGGCCGAGGACUAUGUACCAAACGACCAGGACUUGCUUCGGUCUCGACUAAGGACAACGGGUAUCACAGAGACCAUCUUUGAUCUUGGCCAAUUGACCUACCGAAUGUUUGACGUAGGUGGCCAGCGAUCGGAGCGGAAGAAGUGGAUCCACUGCUUCGAAAAUGUCAACUGCCUGCUGUUCCUCGUGGCUAUCAGCGGGUAUGACCAGUGUCUAGUCGAAGAUAAGGAUGGUAACCAAAUGAACGAGGCCCUGAUGCUGUGGGAGUCGAUUGCCAACUCACACUGGUUCGUCAAGUCUGCACUCAUUCUAUUCUUGAACAAGAUGGACUUGUUCAAGGAGAAACUGCCCAAGAGCCCAAUCACCAACCACGGAUUCACCGAUUACCACGGCCCCAAGGACGAUUUCAAGGCUGCCAGCAAAUAUUUCCUGGACAAGUUCCGUGCUUUGAACCGGAAUACCGACAAGGAGAUCUAUGGUCACUUUACCAACGCUACCGAUACGAACCUGCUGAAGAUUACCAUGGCCUCCGUCCAGGACAUGAUCAUUCAGCGAAACCUGAAGCAAUUAAUACUAUAAGGACCCAUUGGCCAUACUUAGUACCCUUUCGUGGGCACAGACACCGCGCACUUACCGCGCACACUUACACAAAUUCUCGACACGUUCGACCAUUACCUCCGAUUUCCUAUACAUAAUCGAGAGGCUGUCCACUUCUGUUUGAGCCAAACGGCAUUUUUUUCUAUAACCACGACUUCUUCAUUCUGGUGGUACAAACCAUUGGCAACAUGGAGUGAGGUGUCAGGCGGCCUCUUUCACUGUACAUGUACGAUUUCGGAGCGGUAGCUGGGUAAUAGACCAGCUGAGAACGAUUGCAUAUCUUAUAUACCCUUUACCAAUCAUAGGGUUGCGGCAUGGGACUUGUCACGCAGUGCCACUUGGAGGCGCUUGUCGGUUUGUGAAUGGCGAAACGCGAGGACCUCUGAGGUCUCUUGGGAUGAAAGAGCUUAUAGGGCUGGUGCCUU